GUUUCAUGUGUGUUUGUAUUUGAAUUUCUUCUGUCAACUCCUUCUCUCUCCGAAAUCAAGCAUCAUUAGCUAGAGGUAAUCAGAGCGCGUAGAUAAAGGGAACGUGUCUGAUCCUGCUGCCCGAGUCAAAGGAUGUGGGGCGUGCUCCGCGCUACAGUACCUCUAACAACCAAACCAGGGGCAGCAUUGAGUGCCCUGAUGUGUAUUGCCCCGCCAUCUCCCAAUACAUGUGUCGUCGGAAUAAAGUCAAAAGUACAAGGUGUAUUAGUUUUGGAAAUACCAGAACAAUCCAGAAUCAACAGCAAUUGUCACCGUCAACACGUCGGCAUGCGGUUCCGAUUCGGCGCUCUCCCGGAGCGUUCGGCAAGUUUCCGCAGCGGGGGCUUUGAUGAUCUUCGGCGCUAACGAGCGUGCGACGGCGAAGGGAACUGGGAAUGGGGUCAAAAGUGGGCUCGGCAUUGACGCGUGGGAAAUCGGACAGGAUUUAUGACGCCGUAGUCAAGCUUACAAAUCGCUCUCGGAUGCCUUUUUGAACCACUCCUUUCCCCUUUCUUCGAGUCCUUCCCUCCUUUCACCAGGUAUCACCAAUCCGCUAAACACCACAAACAGACAUCACAAUGGCCUCUAACCCUCCCUCCAAGUGCUGCGUCAUGGGCUUCCGCCAUGAGUAAGUUUGACAACCAACCUCCCUACACCACUGUCUGGUCGCUGACACCUGCUUGCUUCCAGGGGCGAGCCAACCGGCACCAUGACCAAGGUCGCCGACAAGUGGGACGCCUACAUCGCCCAGCCCACUGGCUCCCAGAAGACCGGCAAAGCCCUCCUCUUCCUUCCCGACAUCAUCGGCAUCUGGCAAAACUCCAAGCUGAUGGCCGACCAGCUGGCCGCCCAGGGCUACCUUACCAUGGUUCUCGACAUCCUCAACGGCGACCCGCUCCCGCUCAACCGCCCCGACGACUUCGACAUCAUGGGCUGGCUGACCAAGGGCAGCACCGGCGAUAACCCGCAUACCAAGGACUUCGUUGAUCCCAUUGUGCAGGCCGGAAUCAAGGCUUUGAAGGAGCAGUAUGGAGCGACCAAGAUCGGAGCGUUGGGAUACUGCUUUGGUGCCAAGUCCCUUGUCCGCAACAUGACGGCCACCGCCCCCUACACCGGCAUCGACGUCGGCUUUGUCGCCCAUCCCUCCUUCGUCGAGGAGGAAGAGCUCGCCGCCAUCUCCGGCCCUUUGGCCAUUGCCGCCGCCGAGACUGACUCCAUCUUCCCUGCCGAGCUGCGCCACAAGUCCGAGGAGAUCCUCAAGGAGACGGGUCUGCCCUACCAGGUCACCCUGUACUCUGGCGUCUCCCACGGCUUCGCCAUGCGCGCCGAUCUCAGCAAGAAGCCGGAGAAGUUUGCGAGGGAGCAGGCGUUUGCGCAGGCUGUCGCUUGGUUUGGAGAGUAUUUGGAGUAAAGGGGAUGGAGUAGAUGAGAUACCCGAACCUGGUUGGAGGUGUUUGCUAAUUGCUUGCCCGGGAGCAAGCGAGAGAGCGAAUACCGAUCGUUGUUGAUACGUAAAUGUACGAACCAAAGGACGAUUUGAUGAAUGUGAAGAACAAAAGUACAGUCGCAUAAAGCCCACACGCCCGUUUCCCUCCUUCAUAUCAUGGCAGCUUCAUGGUCCAUCCACCCAACUCCAUGCCUGGCUCCAUUCCGCUCGAUUUUAGAGAGCCUUGUGGUAAACUCUAUACUUAGCCUUCCUCGCCAACAACGGCCCUAGUUCCGGAAUCCCCUCCGACAAAUCCAUCUCCUUGACAUUUUUAUACCCAGCUCUCUCGUACCAACCGGCCAGCUUCGUCUUCUCCUCAUGUUCCCACCCGUCUCCCGCCACCAGCUCCACCUGCAUCUUCUUCCCUCCCUUCUCCCUCGUCCAGUCCUCGGCGAACUUGAGAAGGUCCCUCCCCACUCCGGAACCUCGGUAUUCAGGACGGCAUAUCAGACAUCCAAACUGUCCGAUUGCUGUAUCCGGGUCGGGGCUGAAAUGCGCAGUGGUGCGAGAGUCGGCCUCGGAAGGGGAGUGGAGGAGUUGCACGCGGCCGCAGCCCAGCAGGUACUCAAUGCGCGGCGGCCGUGAGUACCCCGGGAGCCAUGCGAUGGCUAGGGCCCCACUGGUGAUGAAGGAGCGGACUUCGGCCGGGUUGGUGCGGGUGAAGGGAUCGAUGGACCAGAAACCGCGCUCGGCGUCGGUAUAGAUCUCAUUGAUAAGGUUGGUUAGACUGUGGACGAAGGCAUCGUCUUCGGCAAGGGAAGCUGGAGCGAUGGAGAUGUCGGCGUUGAUACGGCCCUGGAGAGGAGGACUAGGGAGUUGGGAAGUCGCGACGGCCUCAUUGGUGUUGAGCAUGGCGACUUUUUCGUCGGCGAGGGGGGCCGAGGGGGCGGUGGAUGGCGACUCCGUUGAGGCCGUCAUUUUGAUUCAAAGCUGAACGUGAGGGACUGUAGCGAGUGGUGAAUUACCUGUGUUCGUGUGGCAAGGCCCGAUGGGUUUUAUAUCUGGAGUCAUAGGAGUGAUGGCCCGAAUCCUUUGCAAGUGACUCAAUCCACUAUUUCCAGUCUUGGGCCGACCCUUGUCAACGAAAGGGCGUGGACGACGUAUGGUAGGCCAUAUCAGUCACAGCAAUUCUAUUUUUAGCCGUGUCAUAGAAACGAUGGUUUCUUGCCUGUCCUCGAGGCAUAUUCUCAAUGUCGGGCUUCACGACAUUGCCGGCGUCGGUUCUCCGAUUCUUCGCCGACGAGGGUUAUGAAGGUUGAAAGGCGACAAGCCGACAAGGGGGUGUCAACCUUAACCCCAAGCACAUGAUGCUGCAAGGGGCCAAGACCUUUGAAUUCCGUGAAUGAUGCACAGACCGAGGCGGCUAUAGUGUACAUCGCUGCAACUGAAUCG